AGGUGCGGGUUUCCACCGACUUUGCAUGGAACAGCUAAACAAUUUCUAAAAGCGCGGGCGGUGUCGACCGUCCACUGGCAGCUUUUUUUUCCAGCAGAUAACAUCUACGAAGUACGUGUAACAAGACUAGAGCUUCCCAAUUCCCACCAAGCAAAAAAAACAGAUUGCCUGCAUUCAGAAUCAAACCAAAAGUGAAAGAAAUUUUAUAACUAAAGAUGGAAUUGGAAGAAGCUGUUCCUGAAGCUGAAAGCUUGUUUCCUUCUGUCAGUCAGAAUACCGAAGUCGGUGCUGAUGGAGGAGAAAGCCAUGAAAGGGAGGAAGCUGAUGUGGUUAAACAAGACAAGGAUCCGGUUGGUGAAGGAAAAGAUGAAGAGACGGGAGGUGGGCUUCUGGAUCGUCUCAUGUCAAACUUGGUCUCUCCUUUGAGCCCCAAGGCAGGAGAAAUCAAUGAAGUAAAAUCUGAAGAAAACGAUGACAGAAACAAGGGUUACCAACCGGUGGAAGAGGCCAGCGGCGGUGAAGGUGGUGGAAGGCUCGUCACCAACAUCAUAUCCAACUUCUUUCACCAAAGUGAAGGUGAAAUAAAAGAAAAUGAGGAGAAGAAAGAGGAAGAGAGGGUGAAAGACGUUGCUGAAGAGGAUGAAAAAUUGAAAGCAAAGGAGGACAGCGAAGAGGGUCUCAUUGAUAACAUUGUCUCCCAUUUGCCAAUAUCUCUUCCAAAAGCAGGUGCUGUAGCUCCAACAACUGAUGAUGAAGCUGCCAUUCUAAUUCACUCCAUUAUCCAUGAUUAAAUCAUUCAAACAUUGUUUCCCCUUCUUAGAGAAGUAGUUUUUUAGUAUAUCUAGAGAUCAGUUGUUUAGCAUUUCUGUGAUCUCUCUCGAUGCCUGUAUUAUUAUUAUCUUUUUAGGGCACUUGCAUUUUGAUCUUCUACUUUAAUUAAGACAUGCUUCUAGCUCAAUACAUGUAUCAUUGAACUACGUAGUUGUUACUACUAAAUUUCUAAUUAUUCA